AUGGAUGAUUACGACAUAGAGGAAGACGAGGAUGUGCAAUUUGAGGACGAGUGGGAGGUCAUUGCGCCGGCGCAGCCUCGCUCCCCUGUGGACGAACAUGACGGCGGCGGCAGCGAGGAGGCACGGUCUUUGCGGGACGGGCUCGGCGGUGCGGGGCCGCCUGGCAUCCCGACGCUUGGCGGCGACGGCGGCGCCAGCAGCAUCACGAUCACCCUGGAAGACGGCGACGUCGGCGGCGCCGGCGGCAAGCGCGCAACGCGGACGUUCACCCGCGAGCAGCGGGAGGCGGCGGCGCUCGCGCACCGCACACACGCGCUGUGCCUGCUGGCGCGCUGCGUCGCGCACGACGUGGCGGCCAGCCGGGCUGACAUACAGGCCGUGGCCCUGUCGCUCCUCAGCCCGGCACUCGCCGACGCAGCAAUUGCUGGCGCCGCCCGCGAGGGCGCGCCGUCCGACCUGUCUUGGGCAGCGGGCCUGGUCAAAUGGAUGCGGUCAAACUUUCAGUUGACUGAUGCAGCCGCGUGCGGCGGCGGCGGCGGCGGCGGCAGCGGGAACGAGGGCUGGAGCGGCGCCGACGCGGCUUCCACUUUUGCCGCCGCGCUCGGCAGCGGCGGCCGGCGCGGCGGCGCGGCCGCGGCCGCGGCGUCCGAGGCGCGGCGCCGGCUGCGGGAGAUGCUGCGGGGCUCGGGCAGCACAGAAGAGCAGCUGGAGGGGUGCCUGCGGGGGCGGCGCGGGACGGCAGAGCAGCUCAACGCGCUGCUGGUCGCGCUGCUGCGGGGGCUGGGGCUGCUCGUGAGGACCGCAUGGCGGAGGCGUAUAUCCUCAGGCAGCUGUCCGCGCCCCGCUUAG